AAAUUUUCUAACCUGUUUUCAUCCAUGUGCGCUGUAUAACUUUUUAUAUUAAUUUAUUAAUUACUAUCCGAUUGAGCUUGAGUAAUUGCAUUAAAAUGGACAUUAAAGACAACAAACGAAAAUGGUACAAACCAGCGACCCAUUAUACAAAAAAAUCAAAAUAUUCAAUCGAAGUUGGAUUGAGUGGAUUCCUUUGUACUUGUAAUUUUCGAGAGAAAGAAAGUAUCAGAGAUGCAUACAGAUUAUUAGAAGAGUACCAUGGAGAUUCAAAAAAACUUGAUGAUCAGAAGCAAGAUGUUGAAGAUAAUGAUGUUGCUGACAUGGUAGAUCAGGAAGAUGAAGACAUUUCAGUGUCAUUAAGCAAAGAAAUUGAGGAGCUUAAUGAUCAGAAAAAAUCUGACUCAGUUAAAACUUUUCAGUACCUUGAAACAGGAGUUAAAAAUCUUAUUUUUAUAAGCACCAAAGUACCAGAUUCAUUGGAAUUAGGCUUGAAGAUUAUAAAAGAUUUAGCUGAGACUAAGAAACAAAAGAGUAGAUUCUUGUUACGCUUCAUACCUAUUCAAGUUGUUUCAAAAGCUAACAUUAAUGAUAUUACAACCAAAGCCACGAUUUUGUUUGAAAAAUACUUUGCUCAAGAGCCGAAAACUUUUUCUAUUGUUUUUAACCGGCAUUGCAAUAAUACAAUCAAAAGGGAGGUAAUUAUUGAAGAGCUGGCAGCAAUCGUAUUUAAAAAAAAUCCAGGAAAUAAAGCUGACUUGAAAAACCCCGAGAUUGCCGUUAUUGUUGAAAUAAUCAAAGGCUGGUGUUUCUUGGCUGUCGCGCCUGACUAUUUCAAGUAUAAAAAGUACAAUUUAUUUGAGCUUUGUAAUGACAAUAAGGAUAAAACUAAAGUGGGAUCAGAUGCUGCCAAAGAGGAUCAGGAUCAAGAUAAGGAAGCUGAUGAAGAUAUCAGUAAUCAGAAGCCUAAAGAUGAAACAUCUAGUAAUGAAAAUAAUGAAAAAGUAGAUCAGGGUCAAGCCAAAGAAGCUGAUAAAGAGGAUCAGGAUCAAGACAAGGAAGCUGAUGAAGAUAUCAGUAAUCAGAAGCCUAAAGAUGAAAUAUCUAGAAAUGAAAAUAACGAAAAAGUAGAUCAGGGUCAAGCCAAAGAAGCUCAUAAAGAAAUUGUUGAAGAGGAUUCUCAAGAUAAAAAACAAUAGUAAUUCUUAUUACUUUUCAUAUUCCAUUUAUUAAUAAGUAUUUAAAUACUUACUUUAUAUUUAACUUUACUCUACCUUAAAUACUUACUUUUUAAUAAUUAAUAUUAAGUAUUCAUGAUUAUUUAUAUACUGAUUACUAUAAUUCAAUAGCAGUUAUUGAGUAGCUGCAAAAUAAAUAAAAAUACUUUAAUUAUUGGA